AUGGUUUAAGAAGUUCAAUCAAGAAAGGAUGAAGAAGUUGAAGAACUUGCUUUAAAUUUUAUAAUAGAUCCUUAAGAAUUAUCAAGUUUAUUUGAAAUAGAUAAUAUAAGAGAUAAAGUAAGCUAAAGUAAAUUAAUAGUCCUUGGAGGUGCAAAAGGUUUAUUAGAUUAAUUAUUCACAAAUUUAAAAGCAGGAAUAAAUACAAAACCAGAUGAAAUAAAAGCUCGCAAAAUAUUUUAUGGUGAUAAUAAACCUGCUCUGAAAAAAAGAAAAACUUUAUUUUAAAUGAUAAUGGAUUGUUUUGAAGAUUUAAUGUUACAAAUUUUAUGCAUUGCAUCUUUUGUAUCAACAACAAUAGGUAUUUUAGAAGAUGGUUUUUAAAAAGGCUGGAUGGAAGGUGGAACAAUAAUAUUAGCAGUGAUAAUUAUAAUAAGUAUUUCAGCAGGAAAUAAUUACGUUAAAGAAAAAUAGUUUUAGAAACUUUCUGAAAAACGUGAAUAAAUGAAUAUUUAAGUUACAAGGAAUGGAAAAGUAAAAAUAAAAAAUAAAAAAAUAAUAUGUACUAAUAUACAGGUUAUAUAAAUUGAUUCUAAAGAGUUACUUGUAGGGGAUCUUUUACAUAUUUAAAUAGGAGACGUAAUGCCUGUAGACGGUAUUUUACUUGAAGGAAGUGAAAUUAGUAUGGAUGAAUCAAGUGUUACAGGAGAAAGUGAUUUAGUUACUAAAUGCCCUGCCUUAUCAGGUGAAGUUUCAUAAGAUACUUAUUUCUUAAUUUCUGGAUCAAAAGUAAUGGAUGGGAGCGGUCUUAUAUUAGUUUGUACAGUAGGUUCAAAUACAUAAUUAGGAAAAUUAAAAGAGAAAUUAUAGGAAGAAUAACCUCCAACCCCUUUAUAAAAAAAACUCGAAACAGUGGCUGAAGAUAUAGGAAAAGUAGGCUCAGUAGCAGCUUGCCUAACUAUGUGUGCAAUAUUGAUACACUUAAUAAUGAAUAUAAUUUUAGGCGAACAUUGUUUUUUAUGCAUUGAAAGUUUAAAAGAAAUUAUUAACAGCUUUUUGGUUGCAGUUACUAUUAUUGUUGUAGCAGUACCUGAAGGUCUACCUUUGGCAGUUACCAUAGCUUUAGCUUAUUCAGUAAAUAAAAUGAAAGAAGAAAAUAAUCUAGUUAAAUAACUUUCUUCAUGUGAAAUUAUGGGUGGAAAAAUAAAAGUUUAAGUAAUAAAAAAAUUUGCUGAUUAAGCGCUGAGAACACUAGCUCUAGCUUAUAAGGAUAUAGAAAUAUAACCAGGAACAUCAGCUUAAUCUUUAAACGAAAAUUUUUUAGAAACUAAUUUAACGCUAAUAGCGAUAGCAGGAAUAAAAGAUCCAAUAAGAACCGAAAUACCAAAAGCAAUAUAAAUAUGCUAUAGAGCAGGAAUUAGAGUCAGAAUGGUUACUGGUGAUAACCUUAAUACAGCUGUUGCAAUAGCAAAAGAUUGUAAAAUCCUGACUUAGGAUUAUAAGGUAAAUUAAAAUAAUUAUGAAGUAAUGGAAGGUAAAAAGUUCAGAGAAUUAAUUGGAGGAAUAGCAUAUGAUAAUCCAUAUGCAUAAAAUAUUGAAGAUAGAGGAGAAGCUAAAAUAUUUAAUUUUGAUAUAUUCAAAAAAAUUGUUAAAGAACUAAAAAUCCUAGCAAGAUCUACUCCUGAUGAUAAAUAUAUGCUAGUUACAGGAUUAAUUUAAAUAACUAAUGAUGCUCCUGCUUUAAAAAAAGCAGAUGUUGGUUUCGCUAUGGGUAUUGCAGGUACAGAAGUUGCAAAAGAAGCUGCAGGUAUUAUUCUAUUAGAUGAUAAUUUCGUCAGCAUUGUAACCGCAUGUAAAUAUGGAAGAAAUAUAUAUGAUUCUAUUAGAAAGUUUAUUUAAUUUUAAUUAACUGUUAAUGCUGUUGCUUUAUUUAUGUGUUUUAUGGGUGCUGUAGUUAUUAAAUAAUCUCCUUUAAAUUCUAUUUAAAUGCUUUGGGUAAAUAUUAUAAUGGAUACUUUUGCUUCUCUAGCCUUAUCAACUGAAAAUCCUUCCGAUUUACUUUUACUAAGAUAACCUUAUGGAAGAAAUGAUUCUAUUAUAACACCUAACAUGUGGCGAAAUAUUGUUGGAUAAAGCAUAUAUUAAAUUACUGUUUUAAUUUUAAUAUUAUUUAAAUUCCCAUAAUGGUUAGGUAUAUAAAGUUCGGUUGGAAUUACCAAAUUUUCAUAAGAAAAAGGUGUUCAUUUUACAAUAUUUUUUUAAGCAUUUGUAUUAUUGCAAAUUUUUAAUGAAUUUAAUGCUCGAAAAUUAGAAAGACAUGAAAUAAAUGUAUUCACUGGACUUUUUAAUAAUUACUUAUUUUGGUUAAUCAUAAUUUUAACUUUUAUAAUAUAGUUAUUCAUGAUCUAAUUUGGAGGAGAAUAUGUAGGUGUUAGUUAAUUAACAUUAUAUUAACAUUUAAUAUGUAUAGGAGUAGGUUCGGGUGCUUUAAUAAUGGAAUUGUUAAUAAAAAUAUUUCCUAAUUUCUUAUUUAAUAAAAUUAAGAUAUUUAGAGAAGAUUAAAUGGAGUUUUCAAGGAUGGAAAAGUCUCUACCUAGUUUAGUUAGAAAAAGAUCAUCAAUUAGAUAUAAUUGCUAAGGAUUAGGUGUUAGUGAAUAAAAUAUAAAAUAAUAAAAUAAUAUAAAUUGA